AUGCUGAACCGGGCUGACCCGUACCCAAGGAAGAAAGUGGCCGUGGUGGGCAGUGGCAGCGCCGGGAUUGCCGCCCUGUGGGCGCUCAACCGCAGCCCUCACGAUGUCUACAUGUACGAGGCCGACGGUCGCCUUGGUGGGCACACCAAUACGGUGGAGUUUGCCAAGGGCAAGUACAAGACGUUGGUCGACACAGGCUUUAUCGUCAUGAACACGGCGACAUAUCCCAACUUUAUCAGCUUCCUCAAGAGAGUCGGCGUCAAGACAGAGACCACGGAGAUGAGCUUCUCUGUGUCCCGCGACCAAGGCCGGUUUGAGUGGGCCGGGUCGAGUCUGAACACGCUCUUCUGCCAGCGGGGGAACCUGUUCUCGCCGAGCAUGUGGCGUAUGGUCUUUGACAUCAUCCGCUUCAACCAGUUUGCGGUGGACAUUCUGAGGGUGAAGGUGCUGACCGAAGAGACCAUCGGGGAGUAUCUGGAUCGAGAGGGCUACUCGAAUGCGUUCCGUGACAACUAUCUAAUCCCGAUGGCCGCGGCUGUUUGGAGUACCAGCCCGGACAAGUGCGCGCUAGAGUUCCCAGCCGUGACGCUCGUUCGGUUUCUGUGGAAUCAUCACUUGCUCUCAACCGUCGCUGCACGCCCCGACUGGCUCACCAUCGCAACGGGAUCAAAGUCCUAUAUCGACAAAGUCCUGCAAGGGUUCCCGCGCAACCACGUCCGGCUCAAUACCCCCGUCACCGCUCUCACCAACGAACCCGACGGCCGCGUCCGCUUGCACUCCCAGAACGGCAACUCCGAGGUCUUCGACCACGUCAUCCUCGCAACCCACGGAGACCAAGCCUACUCGAUCAUCCGCAACUCCGCCACCGACCAAGAAAAGUCCAUCUUGCGCCACUUCCGCACCUCCCAAAACACCGCCGUCCUGCACUCCGACACUUCACUUCUCCCCAAGAACCGCAAAGCCUGGUCCAGCUGGAACUACCUCACCAAAUCCUCGUCCCCGCGCGGCACCGGCAACAUCGACCAAGUCAGCCUGACCUACAACAUGAACAUCCUCCAGCACAUCCCCCGCACCGCCCUCGGCGACGUCCUCGUCACCCUCAACCCGCUGCACGAACCAGACCCGAAGACAGUACAGGGCCGAUACGAAUACCGCCACGCGCUGUACACCCCAGCCGCCGUCCGCGCGCAGGAGCGCCUGGACACGAUCCAGAAUACCCGUGGCAUCAGCUACGCGGGUGCGUGGACCAAGUAUGGCUUCCACGAGGACGGGUUUAGCAGCGGGCUGCGGGCGGCGGUGGAGCAUCUGGGGGCGAAGAUUCCGUUUGAGUUUACGGACGCGACGUGCAUCCGUGGGGAGAGGCCGCGGUUGACGCUGCUGGAUUAUCUACUGCGCCUGGUGAUUGCGCUGGUGCAGAUGUUUGUGAUUAGUAUCUUGGAUGGGGUGGUGAAUGUGGCGAGGCGGUCGACGACAACGCGGAGGUUGGCGUCGAGGGUUAAUGGCCCGGUGGGUAUUAAGGGGAGGCUGCAUGAGAAGGAGCAUUAG